UAAUAAUUAAAUAACAAAUCAAGCGGAAAGUUGCAUUUUAAUUCUCCAACCCAUACGGACACCGUUCUGCGUACACAUGCCUGUUACCUGUUCGACGAAAGUCUCCCUCAAAAGCUGAACCCAUUCUUCAAUUUCGAUACUGAAACCCUCUCUUUCAUUUACUUAUUCCCGUCUGCGCGUUGUUCUCGUGUGUGCAAAAAGGAUCGGAGAUGUGGAGGCGCGUGUCUUCUCUGUCGCCGUUGUUUUCUUCGUCUAAAUCAUGUCCUCGCAACCAAGUUGCCUAUGGAUUCAAUGCUUGGCAAAUGUUCACUACUCAAGUUCUUAACCCGGCAGAAAGUGGAGUCUCUGAUAGAAGAAGAAUCCCAUUUGUGACAUUUGUAUUGGGGGGUCCAGGGAGUGGGAAAGGUACUCAGUGUACAAGAAUUGUUGAAAACUUUGGGUUCACCCACUUAAGUGCCGGGGACUUGCUGAGACAUGAAAUAUCUUCUAAUACUGAAAAUGGUUCCAUGAUUCUUAAUACAAUCAAGGAAGGGAAAAUUGUUCCAUCCGAAGUGACUGUUAAACUGAUACAAAAGGCCAUUGAAUCAAGCGAAAAUUGUAGAUUUCUCAUUGAUGGUUUUCCAAGAACUGAAGAGAAUCGUAUAGCAUACGAACGAGUUACUGGCUCGGAACCAGACAUUGUGCUUUUCUUUGACUGUCCUGAAGAGGAGAUGGUGAAACGAGUAUUAAACCGUAAUCAGGGACGGAUUGAUGAUAAUCUAGAUACAGUCAAGGAAAGGCUGAAGGUAUUCACAAAACUAAAUCUUCCUGUCAUCGAGCAUUACUCCAAGAAAGGAAAACUUUACAAGAUUGACGGCACUGGAUCAGAGGAUGAAAUAUAUGAAAGGGUCCGCCCGGUUUUUGCUGCAUUACGGUAUACCAGAAAAAUCGGAAUAAUAUUCAUACAUUUUGAUAAUUUUAUCACAAUCCUCUGUUUACUGCAUUCUACAGAAAUGCAUUUGGGGCUGCAUCCACCAUGUUCAGGCAGAGCUUUUUCAUGCUCUUCCGCCAGCAAGAAAAUCAGUAAACACGAAAUAGUUCACCAAAACAAGAAACCAAAUCUCCGCUUCCCCAAAUCACAUCCAACCCCGCUAUUAUCCGACCAAAAAACCCAACCCCAAUCGAAGAUCCAAGCACUCGAAUCCGUCAUCAACGAUUUAGAAUCCUCCGUCAAAAAUGGCAUCUUAAUCGACGACCCCCAAAUUUUUGCAUCUCUUCUCGAAACAUGCUUCCAGUUGAAAGCCAUCGAUUUCGGUAUGAAAGUUCGCGAACUCAUCCCGGAGAGGCUUCUACGAAGAAACGCCGGCAUCUCGUCGAAGCUUCUCAGGCUGUACGCUUGUAGCGGGCAGUUGGAAAAAGCCCACGAGAUGUUCGAUAAAAUGCCCCACCGAAAUUCGUCAGCUUUCCCGUGGAAUUCACUUAUCUCGGGCUACACUGAAAAAGGUUUGUACGAGGAUGCACUGGCUUUGUUCUUCCAGAUGGUGGAGGAAGGAGUGGAGCCCGAUCAGUACACUUUCCCGAGGGUGUUGAAAGCUUGUGGAGGACUUAAGAUGAUCCAAGUCGGUGAAGAAGUUCAUCGUCAGGUAAUUCGCUCCGGUUGUGGGAACAAUACAUUCGUGUUGAACGCACUUGUUGAUAUGUACGCCAAAUGUGGAGACAUUAUCAGAGCUAAAAGAGUUUUCGACAGUAUUCAAGAAAAGGAAUUGGUUUCGUGGAAUUCAAUGAUUAUCGGGUACAUUAGGCACGGUCUUAUAAUCGAAGCAUUGCUUAUAUUGAAAUGUAUGAUGAAAGAGGGAUACGAACCCGACUCGGUCACACUUUCAUCAGUUCUAACAAGCAUGCCGCCCGAGAAAAUCGGAACGCAAAUCCAUGCGUGGAUUCUCCGAAGAGGGCUCGAAUGGAAUUUAUCGGUCGCUAAUUCUUUAAUCGUUUUUUAUUCGAACCAAAAUAGUAUAGACAAAGCAAGAUGGUUAUUUGAGUGCAUGCGGGAAAGAGAUGUAGUCUCGUGGAAUUCCAUAAUUUCGGCCCACUCGAAGGACUCCAUAGCCCUGGAUUAUUUUAAUGAUAUGGUGAACUCGGAUAUUACGCCGGAUGUUAUUACAUUCGUGUCGGUAUUGUCAGCGUGUGCUAAUUUAGAAAUGGUGAGUGAUGGGGAGAGAAUAUUCUCGAUGAUGGUGGAUCGGUAUGAGAUGAGUCCAUGUAUGGAGCACUAUGCUUGUAUGGUCAAUCUUUACGGGAGGGCUGGACUCGUUGACGAAGCGUACCAGUUUAUAGUGAAUGGAAUGGGAAUCGAGGCGGGCCCCACUGUUUGGGGGGCGUUGCUUUACGGUUGCUAUCUUCAUGGUAAUGCUGAUGUUGGAGAGAGAGCCGCGAAUCGUCUGUUUGAGCUGGAGCCGGAUGGUGAGCAUAAUUUCGAACUCUUGAUUAAGAUUUAUCGGAAAACGGGCAGGUUUGAGGAUGUAAGAAGGAUAAGGAAUAUGAUGAUGGAAAGAGGGUUAGAACUGUAGAUGGGAUGAAGUGAAGCAAAAUUCUCUUUUUUUUUUUUUCCUGCAGUGAAUUUCCAGGUAUUUUCUUGAUCUGUUUAGAGAUUUGAUCAGCUUCUUUAAUAUUCUUUUUAAGUAUUGCUAAUCGCCUGUAAUUAGCACAUAUAGAAAUAACGAUUUACGAUUUAGGAAUGAAGAUACCAAUCUGGUUUA